AUGCUCUCCGGAAUCCUCAUCUUCAACCAGAAGGGCGAGAACCUUAUAUUUCGCGCCUUCCGCAACGACUGCCGCCCACGCCUCGCCGACGUAUUCCGCAUACAAGUCAUCUCCAACGCACAGGUGCGCUCGCCCAUCCUCACACUGGGCUCGACCACAUUCAGUCAUGUGAAGCAUGAGAAUAUCUACCUGGUCGCCGUGACCAAGAGCAACGCCAAUGCCGCCCUCGUCUUCGAGUUCUUGUACCGCAUGAUAGGCCUAGGAAAGGCAUACUUUGGGAAGUUCGACGAGGAGGCUGUCAAGAACAACUUCGUGCUGGUCUACGAGCUGCUGGACGAGAUUCUGGAUUUUGGAUACCCGCAGAACACCGAGACCGACACACUCAAAAUGUACAUCACAACAGAAGGAGUCAAGUCGGAAAGAGCCAUGGAGGACUCGUCCAAGAUCACAAUGCAGGCCACCGGCGCCCUGUCGUGGCGGAGAGCAGAUAUCAAAUACCGCAAGAACGAGGCCUUCGUCGAUGUCAUCGAAGACGUAAACCUCCUCAUGUCCGCGACCGGCACAGUCCUACGAGCCGAUGUAAACGGCCAGAUCAUAAUGCGCGCCUACCUCUCUGGCACACCAGAAUGCAAGUUCGGGCUCAACGACCGCCUGACACUGGGCGAGGACAACCUCCAACAGCCCUCGGGCAACAAAGCUGGUACCAAAGCAACGAAAGCGGCCGCUGGCAGCGUCACACUGGAAGACUGUCAAUUCCACCAGUGCGUGAAACUCGGCAAAUUCGAUGCAGAUCGCAUAAUAUCUUUCAUCCCACCGGAUGGCGAGUUCGAGCUCAUGCGAUAUCGCGCAACCGAGAAUGUCAACCUGCCCUUCAAAGUCCACGCUAUCGUCAACGAAAUCGGAAAGACAAAGGUCGAAUACAGCAUUGCCAUCCGCGCGAACUACGGGUCGAAGCUCUUCGCUACAAACGUCGUCGUACGGAUACCUACACCCCUGAACACAGCUCGCAUUACGGAGCGCACAUCACAAGGCAAAGCAAAAUACGAGCCCGAGCAUAACAACAUCGUCUGGAAGAUCCCACGAUUCACAGGGCAGAGCGAGUAUGUGCUGAGCGCAGAGGCGAGCUUGACAAGCAUGACAAAUCAGAAAGCAUGGUCGAGACCGCCGCUCAACCUGAGCUUUUCGCUACUGAUGUUCACAAGUUCUGGGUUGCUUGUAAGGUAUUUGAAGGUGUUCGAGAAAAGCAAUUACAGCAGUGUGAAGUGGGUGAGAUACAUGACACGAGCGGGCAAUUAUGAAAUCAGGUUCUAG